CAGCACAACACACAACAGAAGUGACGAGAAAUUUACUACAUAUUUUUGUUAUCUGUUGCAAGUUAUGGCCAAUCUUCGCUCUCCUUCCUUCAUUAUUCUGCUCUUGCUAAUCACCUUGUCAAUUUGUAUAGAGGCUCGACAUCUUUUAGAGACAACAUUGUCAGAGAUACCUGAGCUUCCUAAGCCUGAAUUGCCUGAGUUGCCAAAGCUUGAAGUUCCGAAAUUUCCUGAAUUGCCAAAGCCUGAACUGCCCAAAAUCCCUGAAUUUCCAAAGCCUGAACUGCCUGAAAUUCCUGAAUUACCAAAGCCUGAACUGCCAAAAUUGCCAGAAUUGCCAAAGCCUGAGCUGCCAUCAGCUCCCCACUUGCAUGAGUUACCAAAGCUUGAAGCUCCGAAAUUUCCUGAAUUGCCAAAGCCUAAACUGCCUGAAAUUCCUGAAUUGCCAAAGCCUGAAGUGCCAAAAUUGCCAGAAUUGCCAAAGCCUGAGUUGCCAUCAUUUCCACACUUGCCUGUGUUGCCAAAGCCUACAUUUCCUACUAUACCAACUCUUCCCAAGGACAUCAAACCACCUCAGUCAACCAGUAGUCCUUAAACACCAUAUCAUCUACGCUACAAGCUUUGAUUUAUGAUCUGCUAUAUUUGAGUCCGAGCGUCUCAUCUUGAGAGUCCAAUUAUUUAUGUAUUGUAUACAUACUUAAAUUAUCCUAUGUGUUUUUUCUGUUUAAAGUUUGUAUUUUUUUUGUACUUAUUUUUGGUUUAAGUUACAGAUUAUGUAUGUUCUCAGUUAAUUUUCUAUACAAGAAAUUGUUUCAGCUAUUCAUAUGGUAUAAAUGAAAUGAUAAUACUUUAAUUA